AAUUAUAAAAUCUCAAGAAAAUGACAUGCGAGCACCCUCGUCGUUCUCCAGUGAUUUCAGAGAAUUAAUUAUUCAUAUUUAAGAUUAAUAAAUAAUGAACUAGGUAUUAAAUGUCUGUAAAUUAUGAGUAGUAAUUGACGUUGUGAUGUAAAUCCGAAAGGGAAAGAGAAAGAAAGAAGGAAAGGGGUGAGAUGUGCAUGAAAGUUGAAUUUAGGUAAGUGAGGAAAGGACCCAUCAGCCUUACUGACAUUAUCACAGACAGGCUAAUUUGUUUACAUUUUUACUGUGUUAAUACUCACGGAUUGAAUGAAGGAUCUUAUGAAAAAAAAAUUCAUCUUUAUGAUUGAUUGUUAUUAUUGUUGACUGGUAAGAAUAAGAGAGAGAGAAGACAAGAGAAAGAAACUAUAUUAUAACAACUUGGCACGUGCUCACCAAGACAAUGGCUCACAAAUUCACAGUUUUUACUUUUGUUUGUCAAAGAAAGAAAUAACUGAAUCAAGUUAAAACUGAGGUUGCUUAGCUUCGGCUUGCCUAUAACCGUGACUAUGAAUUUAUGAAUGUGAUUUUGGUGGUUGAAGAGAAGAGAGUCUUUGUUGACUCUUUGGUUAUUCUCUUAUUAACUGCUAAAUUUUACCUUCUCGGAAAAUGAAAGUGUCUCUUCAAGGAACUGACGCUGUGUCUACUCUCAAAAUCUGUUAGAGACAGGCAUUGACUGAUUUCUAGAUUGUGAUUUAAGCAAGCAUGGAAUUCAAAAUAAAGAAAGGAUGGAAAUCGGUAGUGCCUUUUCAUCUGAAAGGCGAAUCAGCCACAGGUUUUUCUUUGUUUUCGAAGGUGAAGCCGACUAGCUAUGGUCCAGGUCAAGCACCUGUUUAUCUAAAUGUGUAUGACUUGACACCAAUGAAUGGCUAUGUCUACUGGGCAGGUCUUGGUAUCUAUCACUCUGGUGUAGAAGUCCACGGUGUUGAAUAUGCCUUUGGAGCUCAUGACUAUCCAACAAGUGGUGUUUUUGAGGUUGAACCACGGCAAUGCCCCGGCUUCAAGUUCAGGAAGUCAAUGUACAUCGGGACCACAUGCUUGGACCCUAUUCAGGUUAGGGAGUUCAUGGAGAGAGAGUCUGCAAACUACAAUGGCAAUACAUAUCACUUGAUUGUCAAGAAUUGCAAUCAUUUCUGCAAGGACAUUUGUUCUAAGCUAACUGGGAAACCAGUUCCGAAAUGGGUAAAUCGACUAGCAAACAUAGGUUCAAUCUGCAAUUGCAUACUUCCUGAAGCCCUCAAGAUUUCUGCAGUGCGGCAUGACCAUGAUUCAUUGAGGGAAAGGUUAUCAAAUGAUUACCAACCAUUUGAUAGCAACAGGAGUCUGAGAAGUGCAUUUACUUGUAUCUCUUCAAUCUCAAUGCGGCAGAAGCAGUUGUCGACAUCUUCCUUGUUUCUACAAUCACCCUUAAGGGGCUGCCUACCGACAUGGGAAUUAAGAAGGUCAAACAAUGGUUCAUUGAGGGAAAGGUGAGAUGUCUGUUUGAAGAGCUUUCAUCAGCAUUCAUGACGAUUGGUGACCAAAAAUGGUAAUGCUGCCAUCACUUGCAUUCUCUUGGUUUGGCAAGUUUUCCUAAUCGAAGGUCACCUUUGUCAGCCUCUGCUGUUAGAAACUAUUAAGAUGGCAACUGAUCAAAGAAGAAUCUCUAUGGAUCAAUGGCGUUGCUAUCUUUGAAAUGUACAUUGUGCUCAACUUCUCAUAAAUUUUUCUUGUCCUGCAUCAUUUGCGCCGUGAGAGACUGUCCAUUAAUUAUAAAAUACUGUCAAGUUUGACGCCUGUUAAUUCGACGAUUUUCCUUGGAUUCUA